GUUGUUAAGGUAUGUUUACCUUCGGAAGAAGAAGAGUUACUUCUUAGAUCUAGUUUUCUAAAAAAAAAAUUUAAAAAUAUGAAGGACUGGAUAUUUUAAAGGAAACAAAUUUCUAGACUUUUCAUUGCCUGUGAUUAUCGCCUGAAGUGCUAAAGACAACAAUGGAAAAGACUCAGAAAUAAGUUUAAAAGGUGUUUCUUGUAUUUUUUUUUUUAUUUCGGUCGGAGAAAGAAAGAUUCUUUAAAAUCACUUCCCAAGACAAACACAGAAUGGACGAAAGAGGCAUAACUCUAUAUUGAGGUUGGAGUGGUUAUGGAUGUAGGGGAGGUAACAGACUAUCCCCAGAAACUCUCCAACGCUAGAGUCGACAAAGGUCCAGAUGAGGAUAUCAUCAACGCUCACGAGCGUCAGAUCUACGAGGUGGUCAACUACGUUUUCCUGGGCACAGUAAUCGGCCUCUUCGGCAUCGUCACCAACAUCAUCAACAUUAUCAUCUUCUUCAAGCAGGGGCUGAACAACACGGUCAACAUCAGCCUGUUCGGCCUGGCCAUCUCAGACUUCUGCAGCCUGCUGACCUUGCAGUGGUUCAACGUCUGCGUGAACCCGCUCUUCGAAGAAGCAGACGACCUGUUUCCACUCGCCGCCUCGGAGGUCAUCUACUUGACCGCGGGGAUCCCCCACGACUGCUUCGCUCGCAUCACCUGCUGGAUAACCGUGUACAUCACGGCCGAGAGAUGCCUCUGCAUUCUCUUCCCCUUGAAAAUAAAACGCCUCAUCACCCCAGCGAAGACCACGCUCAUAAUUAUCCUUAUCUACGUGCUGAUGAUGGCCUCUUUCAGCCCGGAAUACAUAACAGCUUAUCUGGACUGGAAAUAUUACCCGGAGAAAAACAGAACUCUUCUUGGUUUGGUGUUCAAAGAAAACAGAAAGAACGUGGAAGGAUUGACGUUUCUGUUGUACGGAGUCUUGGGGAAACUCUCUUUUAUGGCGGUAAUUUUCUUCACAGUCGUUCUGGUCGUAAGCCUGCGGCGUAAAACAAAAUGGCGUAAGAGGUCCGUCUACGGCUCUAGACACUCUGAGAACGUAUCCAACAGAGACAGGAAGACGAUCUACAUGAUCGUCAUCAUAGCGGCCAUACUUAUCGUCUGCUACACGCCCGGCAUCGUGUUGUCAAUGGUGACCGUCUUCGAACCGGAAUUCAGCAUUGUCGGGCGAUAUGUGAACCUCUUUUUCGCCAUCUGGUCGUUCGGCUUCCUCUUUGAGACGAUCAAUUCGAGCGUGAACAUCUUUCUCUUCUACAGAAUGAGCUCCAAGUACAGACGAUCUUUUUACAAGCUGUUCUGGCGGUGCUACAUGAUUCGGAGUUCCGCCUCAUCAGACGACGCCUCAACCACGAACGUAAGCAUGAAAAUAUUCAACGAUAACUCCUCCAACGGAAUUAUUAAGUUUCCAGACACAUUUUACGCUGCGAAAACUUGUUACAAUAGUUAA